UGUGGGUGUGUGUGUGUGUGUGUGUAUGUGUGUGUGGGGGGAGUGUGUGUGUGUGUGUACAGCAAAGCCCUGGGGGCAGCAGUUCUAGUCUCCUUUCUGGUAAGGUGUGUCUGCCCACAGCUCCUGACCGGAAAGAAAACAGAGCAGUCAGAGUUCAUUGGCCACUGGGGCUUUAUGUAGGAGGGGCCUGGAGGGGAUGGAGGAAGGCUGUGGGGGACCCCCAGUCCCUGCCUUGACUCUCCUCUUGUCCCUGGCUCUUAAUCUCUGGUUGUCAAUUCUGUCACCAGAAGAAGGCUGCUCCCUGCUCUGAGUGGGUGUCAGGUUGACCAUACAGGCUUUAGGAAAAGCUGAGCAGUGCCCAAAAGAAAAAGAAAGAGGCCCAUUGUAGAAGGGGCUCACAGGACACCUCAACCUGUGGGCUUUGCCCCGGCCAGCACAAGGAGGCGUCCAGCACUCGGACCUCAGUGUCACCAUCCUAGGAUAUUUAAAACUCCUAGGUGGCUGCUAAUUACAGCUAAUUAGGGCUGGUUACCUGCCCAACCCCAAUUCUCAAAGCCUAACACAGCUACUUCCCUCCUACUGCAGAUCACAGACCACCGGUCCAUCCUUUAGGAUGUAUCUGAAGUCUCCAUACCCAGCAAGCCUCCUAGACUUGUAUUUCCUGAAACCAGCAGCCCUUCUCCUUCCACUACACAACAUGUUGGGCUUGGGAGGAACAUUGGAGAUCAUCCACUCAUUUUAUAUAUGAGGAAAUCAAGGCCAGAGGCAGAAAUGGCAAAACUGCAUUAGAUCCUGGUCCAUUUGACUGCCUACCAUCCACCCACGUAAUUCCCACGAUUCUGAACCUGAUCGGUUCCAAAUGUGCCUGUGUACCUCUUAGUCUGUGUAAUACUGACAUGCAAUCUGCUUAAGCAGUAUUUUUUGCCAAGUUAGUUUGGCACACUUCUUUGGGUCCCUGGGUAUUGCUCAGGUCUGUCUGUCCGUCAUUCCUAGUGUGUUCUUGUGCGUGGUACAAUUGUCUAUGAGCUGCCAGAGGUGUGUGCCUAAGGGAAACUAUCUGUGUUUGUUGUGGGUCUAUAGGCUGCGGUGGGUCUCUGAUUUUCUGUUGAAGGAUGUGUGUUGACCUGUGCUUGGCAGUUUUGUGUCUAUGUACUUGUUUGGUGCCUGAGGAUAAUUGUGAUUCUGUAUGUUAGGAUUAUGGGUCUAUGGGCUGCUGUGUACCUAUUUAUGUGUCUCUCUUCACGGCGAAGGUUGUGCAUACACUGACAAUUGUGUGUCCACUUGGAUGUGUGUUUGUACACAGUGAAGGCUGUGGGUCUAAUUGCAACCGUGUCCGUGAGGGCUGCAUGUUUAAAGGCUGAAGGGACUCUGUAUUUGCCUUUGAUCUCUCAGUUAUGAGAAAAUGUGUAUAGCCGUGUGUCCAGGACAGGAAUGUGUUUGUCUCUCAGCCAAGCGCGGUCCUCACCCAGGGACUGGGAUCACGGUCACGUUCCUGGAUGCCUCGCCCGGCUUCCCGGAGGGGCGGGGUCCCGGGGGGACCCACCCCCCCGUCCGGGAGGAGAAGCCCCUUCUCUCUCCGCAGAAGCCGGGGGGCCUGGGCGGUGUCGAAGCCAGGCCCCGCCCCCCCUCGAGUCCAGCCUGCUCAGUGGCCGUGUCUGCGGUGACGUCGCGGGGAUCGCAGAGCAAAGACCCGGCGCCGGGCGCGCGGGAGGUGAAGAGUGAGGGACCCAAGCUGGUGCCCUUCUUCAAGGCCACCUGCGUGUAUUUUGUGCUCUGGCUGCCCUCAUCCAGCCCGUCGUGGGUCAGCGCCCUCAUCAAGUGCCUGCCCAUCUUCUGCCUCUGGCUCUUCCUUCUGGCCCAUGGCCUAGGAUUCCUGCUGGCCCAUCCCAGUGCCACCCGCAUCUUUGUGGGGCUCGUCUUCUCCGCUGUAGGUGAUGCCUUCCUCAUCUGGCAGGACCAGGGCUACUUUGUGCACGGUGUGCUGAUGUUUGCUGUGACCCACAUGCUCUACGCCUCGGCCUUUGGCAUGCGGCCACUGGCUCUUCGGACAGGUCUGGUGAUGGCAGUGCUGGCAGGCCUGUACUACGCCCUCCUCUACCCGGGCCUCUCAGGUGCCUUCACCUACCUGGUGGGGGUCUAUGUGGCCAUUAUCACCUUCAUGGGCUGGCGUGCUGUGGCAGGGCUGCAGCUGGUUGGGGCAGCCUGGCGCUGGACUGAGCUGGCGGCAGGCAGUGGUGCAGUGCUCUUUAUGGUCUCAGACAUGACCAUCGGCAUCAACAAGUUUUGCUUCCCUGUGCCCUACUCGCGGGCGCUCAUCAUGUCCACCUACUACGCUGCCCAGAUGCUCAUCGCCCUGUCAGCUGUCGAGAGCCGGGAGCCAGUGGAAGACUACAGACUGAGCAAGGCCAACUGAGGGGGCCAGGGUCUGGUCACCCCUCUCUCCUCCUGCGGCUGGGGUCCAGAACCUGGGAACCUGCAAGAGCUGGAUCAGGAUGGCUGCAGGACCAGCCUGGGGCAGCAGGUGCCACUUGGGAAAUGUGCAGGUUUGAGGGGGUAAACAGGAAAAGGAUCUCCCUAGCAGAGCUUAGUGGUCCAGGCAAUGCUGAGAGCUAAAAGGAGCCAGCCUGAUGCUCCUUGCUGGAGCCAGAAGCAGACGUCUCCCCACCUCUACCCCAUCGGGACUGUCAAAGCCCCUCUGGAGGGCAAUGGUGCUCAGCUUCUUGACCUCCCCCCACUUCUACUAGGUGGAAGAGUCUGACUCACCCAUUCCCAUUCUUUCUGAUCUGCGCAGAGUUGAGGGAAGAGGGGAGAAGUCUGUGCUGAAAUGACCCAGGCCCAGCGCUUGAAGCCCCUUUCUCGGGCCUCUCGUUGGGAAGACUGGAUGAAGGCGGAGUCUUCCUUUCGCUCAUCUAUCCUUGUUACUUGAACAAUCUCAGUCUCUAAGUGGUGGGUGGGAAGGGGUGUCUGUCCAGGUAGCAAGGUUGGGGACUUCUUUGGCCUGAGAGCUUGGGGUACCAAGGAUUCAAGUUGGUCUCCUCUGUCUCAAAGGCCAGCCCAGAGCUCAGGCCCCACACCACCACCCUCAGACCCUAUCCCCAGGGUUAGGGUGAACCAUGCCAAAGGAAGGGGCCAGCUAUGUGUGUGUGUAGUCUGUCUCUCAGCCCAUCUAUGUCUUUCUCUGCCAUAUGUCUCUGUCCUGCUGUCUAUUCAAGUCUUAUAGGGGGAGGGCCUCAGGGAGCUGCUGAGGGGGUGCUGAGCCUGGCUCAGAGAGCUGGGAACCCCCCGAUGUCCCCCACCCCCUCCACUCUCAGUGCUUUCCUGCCUGCCCCUCCUGCACUGGGAGCAAGAGGAGGGGGCUCUAGGGUCCUAAGACCCGAGGCACAUUCAAUGCAAGAGGAGCAAGGAUGGGGUGACUCUAUCCUUUACUGCUCAUAUAAAAAUAAAAAUAAAAAUCAAAGGC